AUGCGGAGGAGAUCAUCUGGGUCGGCCGCAGAGGAAGAAGGCGACGACUCAUCUGCGAAUACGGACAUAGUUGAAGGACCAGGGUUCACAGGUCGCUCCAGAAGCGAAGUCUCGAUAUUCGAUAGGGAUUCCCCGAAUUUUCAAACAACUUUACAACAAACCAGUCCUCAACAUACACAAUCCGAAUUGGAUCGACGGAAAAGUUGCGAUAAGAGACAUCCGAUUGCCAGAAGUCGGCGCCCUAGCAAUACAAAUUGGAAACCAACGGAAUCGCGCAAUGGACAUAUAGAUAAAAGUCGACUUAUCGAAUCUACUGUAAUCAGUGUUCCCUCGAAAGGGGCUAUCGAGGCAGACAAGAUGGCCGACUCUCAACAAACCUCUCGAAGGUCGAGGCUACGAAGCCCUUGGUCUUUUACAUUCUUGACCUUCGGAACCACAAUUGUGGCCUUACUUGCUUUGGCCUCUAUAAUACAUUCAUUUACUACGCGACAAUUGGAUAACAAAGGAUGUCGAAUGUCAUAUAUGAGGCCUUCUUUUGCGAAGCUAUCCGAUUUCGAUACGGAACACACCCGUUUUGCGAGCAAAUAUUCGGUCUAUCUAUAUAGGGAAGGAAUGGUGGACGAGGAUACCAAGGUCAAAGGUGUUCCCGUCUUAUUCAUACCUGGAAAUGCUGGGAGUUAUAAGCAAGUUCGACCAAUUGCCGCGGAGGCUGCAACAUACUUUCACGAUGUAUUACAACACGAUUCUGCAGCGAUCGAUGCUGGAGCUCGGAACCUGGACUUUUUUACUGUCGAUUUCAAUGAGGAUAUAACAGCCUUCCACGGGCAAACAAUGUUAGACCAGGCAGAAUAUUUGAAUGAAGCGAUUGCGUAUAUAUUAUCUUUGUACCACGAUCCUCGAAGAUCACAGCGAGACCCGGAGCUUCCAGAUCCAACUUCUGUUAUAAUAUUGGGGCAUUCGAUGGGUGGGAUUGUAGCACGCACGAUGUUGAUUAUGCCGAACUAUCAGUCGAAUUCGAUCAAUACGAUUAUCACCAUGUCAGCUCCGCACGCUCGACCUCCAGUCUCCUUCGAUGCCGAGAUUGUCAAAACUUACAAACAGAUCAAUGACUACUGGCGUCAAGCCUAUUCGCAGAAAUGGGCAAACAACAAUCCUUUAUGGCACGUCACUUUGUUGUCGAUAGCUGGAGGUGGACUCGAUACUGUAGUUCCGUCGGAUUAUGCCAGUCUGGAAUCCCUGGUGCCAGACACACAUGGAUUUACUGUUUUCACUUCAUCCGUGCCAAACGUGUGGACCGGUAUGGACCAUCAAGCGAUUUUGUGGUGCGAUCAAUUCCGGAAAGUUGUCGUUAGAUCCUUGUACGAAGUUAUCGAUGUCAAUCGCCCUGCACAAACGAAGCCUCGAGCGGAUAGGAUGCGAAUUUUCAAGAAAUGGUAUUUGACAGGAAUGGAGAGCUUUGCAGAAAAGACUCUUUCGCACAAGGAGCCCACGACAUUGCUUACUCUGGAAGAUGAUUCACAUGCAAUCAUCUCUCAAGGAGAAAGACUAACCCUUCGAAAGUUUGGAGAGUCUCGAAAACCGAAGGCACAUUUGCUUCCAAUUCCUCCCCAAGGAACGCCUGGCGGCAAACGAUUCACACUUCUCACCGAUCAGAAGCUCGAUAAGCCUGGGGACAAUGGAAAGUUGGAGGUUCUCUUCUGCAGUGUUUUCCCAUUACAUCCUGGCCAAUCAGCUACAUUGUUCUCCAUGAAUAUGGAUCUUUCUGGGGAUAGUUCUGGAUCUACGAGAUUGGCUUGCAAAAACGCUGCAAGCGACGUUAUUUCUUUGCCAGCAUCGACGAGAACAUCGAAGAAGCCCUUCUAUCUGGAUGAGGAGGAAGAAAUUUUGCCAUUCUCUUAUCUGCAAUAUGAUUUGGAGGAUAUUAUCGACCACCAAUUCGUUGCCAUCGUGGACAAAGCAGUUGACCCUACCCCUGGAUGGGUGAUUGCCGAAUUUAGUGAUAAUGUUCAGUCACAUCGAAUCAGAUCGUUGAGUCUUCGACGUCUAUCAGCUUUUGGCAUGAAGAUGAGGCUCCCACCAAACCGACCAAUGGUUGCCGAGGUCAAAAUACCCGCCGUACACUCGAGCCUACUGGCAUACAAUCUGGAAAUGGGAAAUCAGGUGUGUGGCGAGGAAUCGGAACUUUUCACCCCUCUUCUACGUCAGUAUAUUUCGGAACCUUAUGAGUCAAAAUACUUUGUGAAUGUGAAGCAAGCAACCAUCAAUCUCCAUGGAGUUUCUCCAUUUAUGCCACCUGCACUUAAAUACAAAGCUAUCCAAGAUGGAUUGAGUCUUCAAUUCUGGACUGACCCGACCUGCAAUUCGAGCAUCAAAAUCUCGUUGAGUGUUGAUAUUCCAGGCAGUCUGGGAAAGCUGUAUAUGCGCUAUCGGACGGUCUUUGCAGCCUUUCCGUUGCUUGUUGUUGCCCUUGUAUUGAGGAAGCAAUUCCGAAUGUAUGAUGAGACUGGAAUUUUCAUUUCCUUUGGCGAGAGUUUAGACUUAUGUUUGCGACAGUCUUUACCUCUGGUGCUACUAGCUCUUACAUGCCUGUCAAUAUCGUUUUCUCAGGCAAGCACGGCACCGCCUCAAGGAGCUCCUACGGGCUUCUUAGGAUGGGGAAAAAAUGCAUCCGAGACUUUCGUCGACUAUAGCAAAAAUGAUCUGCUUGUGGGUUCACAGGAUCCUUUCUUCUGGUUCAUGGUCCCUCUUAUUGGACUUGUCUGCAUUGGCGUAUGUGUGAUGGUCAACUAUGCCACAUUGACCAUUACUCACAUUUUGAGCGUCCUAUAUGGCUGGUUGACUGUUAAGCCUGCAUGGUUGCGUAAUGAGGAUAGGAAAAGGGCAUCAUCUCCCGCAUUUGCACCAUCUUCUCCACGAAGACGAGUAUUUACGACAGGAAUACUAUUAUUCUUAGUGUCUACCGUGAUUCCUUACCAAUUCGCGUAUCUGGUGGCGUGCCUGGUGCAAAUGGCCACCUGCACAAGAGCUCUUCGAUUUGCCCGGGAAGCACGUUCUAACACAAACUAUAAUUUUUACAACUACGUCCACUCAAUACUUGUUCUGAUGUUAUGGAUAUUGCCGAUCAACCUCCCAAUUCUCGUCGUGUGGAUUCAUAAUUUGGCUGUCCAUUGGCUAACACCAUUCUCCUCUCAUCAUAAUGUCCUCUCCAUCAUGCCAUUCAUUCUUUUGGUAGAAACAUUAACGAGUGGAAAGAUGGUACCUCGGGUCACAUCACGCGUUCGCCACGUUACCAGUGUUAUUUUCUUCGGUAUCUCGAUAUACGCUGCAGUAUAUGGAGUAACGUAUGCAUACAUGCUCCACUAUCUGGUUAAUAUUGUGGCCGCGUGGCUCGUCGCCAUUCAUUCAUCAACUUCGAAUUGGACACUUGCAGGUGUAACAACUAUGUUCGACUCGGAGAGCAACGAAAACACUCGGAAACGCGGAAAGACACCUUGA